GUUGCAGUUUCCAGGCGCUGCGGACGGCUGAGGUGCCGGUUGGCCGUGCGCAAUCUGCGUUCUUUUUCGGCCCGGUAUUGAGAGUGGCCGCUGGCUCGCCUCGUCUCCUUUCCUUGAGUCUGGGGCUAGGUUGGUGCCUUCGCCGGCAGCGGUAGCGAAUCUGCCGGUCCUGUCCUACGCUUAGCGCAGUUUGGGCGGUUGUCAGGGAGAAGCAAGAUGGCGGUCGCGGCGACGGAGGAGGACACAGAACUGCGGGACCUGCUGGUGCAGACGCUAGAGAGCAGCGGGGUGCUCAAUAAGAUUAAGGCAGAGUUGCGAGCAGCUGUUUUUUUGGCAUUAGAAGAGCAAGAGAAAGUAGAGAAUAAAGCACCUCUGGUAAACGAAAGCUUGAAAAGUUUUUUAGGUACAAAAGAUGGUCGCUUGGUAGCAGGUCUUGUUGCAGAAUUUCUACGGUUUUUCAAUCUUGAUUUUACAUUGGCUGUUUUUCAGCCUGAAUCAAGCACACUAAAUGGCCUUGAUGGUCGAGAAAACUUAGCUCGAGAUUUGGGAAUUACAGAAGCAGAAGGUACUGUUGGUGGUCCACUGUUGUUGGAAGUUGUUAGAAAAUGUCAGCAGAAAAAGAUUACAGACAAUGGAGAAGGGCCUCCAGUUCUAAGUGAAAACAUGUGCCCCACAUCAAAAUCAGCUGAUGGAAAAUCAAGUACACAGCCUCUACCAAAUAAGGCUGUUGAAGCUUCUCAAAGUGAUACAAGUCUCUCAUCAGGGGAGGCAAGCAAAAGAAGCAUUCAUUUUUUGCCUAACGAAACAAAACUAGAUCCUCAACUAGAAGACAAAGACUUAAUUACCAAAGAAAAAAGUGAUCCAAGUGUGGAUGAAGAUGAUACAGAGGGAGAUUCUUUUUUUGAUGAACCUAUACCCAAACCAGAAAGAACUUAUGGCUGGAAAACUGAAGCUAAUAAAGCAGGAAGUCUAGCAUCCCUCUCUGAUGCACCACCUCUAAAAAGUGGGUUAAGCUCCCUGAGUGGUGCACCUUCACUAAAGGAGUCUGAUAAGUUAAAUAGAAACUCUGUUUUGAAAGACCUGCGGUUGGUGAAUGCAAAACUGGGAUCACUAGAAUUAGGAAAUGGAGAUGAUGAGGAGUAUGCUGAUGAUUUCAACAGUACUAGUCAUCGCUCAGAAAAAAGUGAUAUCAGUAUUGGUGAAGAUAUAGAUGAAAUUUCUGUGGAAACAGAGGAGUCAAAUACCAGUGAUAAACUUGAGGGCAUCACGCAAGACCUUACCAUUUCUCAGUUAAGUGAUGUUGCAGAUUAUCUAGAAGAUGUGGCAUAGAAUUGGACAGCAAAAAUGUUUCAUUGGGCUGGACUGGAAGACUGCUGUGGACUUAAUUUCAGACAAUCAUUUUGCUGGAAUGCCCACUCUCUAUUUGUGCCUUGUGUUUCAAAAAGACUGUAGGUGGAGAAGGCUUUCAAAUUUUCUUAACAAGAACUAAAUGAAAUAGUGCGUUCCCAUUUGAGUCUGAUACCAGAACUGUUUUCUUCGUUUGGUUCGGCCAAAACUUUUGCAGCAGGAGGUGGAUUUUCCAAGCAGGAUGUCCAUUGCUGGCAGUGGGCAUAAUAAAAACCAAUUGAGAAGAACAUCUAUAGAGAGGCACAUGGCUUUAUAAUGAACUUGUGCUGUUAUUGUAACAGUCUGAAUUUUUUUUAAAGAUAACCAAAGCAAGAUCCUUCAGAGGUAGUGGUUCAACUCAUGCUUCUUUAAACAUGAUUUUGUCAAGUCAACAUGUAGUACCCAUUCAUGGUAACCAGCCACAAUACCUACUUGCUCCAGGCUUACUUGAAACUGCUGUUUUUCAGACUCUUCUGAGAGUUGGACUUUAUUUUUUUUUUAAGGCAUAUAAAAUUGAGAGUGUCUAAACUCAAAUCUAAAUUUAGCUAAAUUUAAGAGCUAAAUUUAGUACUAGUUCUAACUCCAAAUUUUCUUGUUUAAAUAUAUUUGUCAGACCACUGAUGUUAAGACUUAAGCUGUUUUUAUAUAUCUGAUAAUUUCAUCAAUGUUAUGUGUUGUUAAAUCACAAAGAAAAAAGUUUUGUAAAGAUCCACAAAUCAUUAACUGAAUCUUACUGGGUUUUGUUAAGUUUUUAACAGUGUGGUAACGGUUUGUGGAGCUUUUGUUAUUGAGGGCUCGUCAUGUGCUGUGUAAGCUCACUUUCAUUCUUGAAAAUGCUUGUUACAUAAAAAUGAGCGCCAAAAAGUGAAACCACUAACAUUCUGUUUUUCAGAUUCUGACUGUUGUGCAGAGUUAAAUACCAAUUUAAAAAUACCAAACCGAAGAGAUUCUAGACACUAAGUUCUACCUAACAGCAAAUCCUUAUAUUUUCAUUAUGCUUUUGCAAAACAGGGUCAGUAAUGGAAACACUGACAGUUCUUCAACAAUACUGUUGUACACUGCUGCUAUGAUAUAUAGGUCACAGACAUUUGUAAUACUGAAACAAGUCUUCAAAAUGUGCACUUUCUGAACAUUGUGAACACAUUUGGAAAAUAGACAUGUGAGUGAAUAUAACUUAAUUUUUUGUUAUUUUAUAGGCUUUGUAAUUUUUUUCAGUAACACUGUUGGCCUGUCAUCAAUGGUCACUGCAGUGGAAGUAGCAUGCCAAACUGAAGCCAUUGGUUAAGCGUACAGAGCUGCUACUAGCAUAGGAUGCUGAGUUAAAUCUUUUUUGGCACUGAGCCAGCAGGCAUGGAGCAGUGCUGGGAAGUUAGGCUUGUACAGUACAUAAAUGAUUUGAGAGGAGAGAGGAAAAGUGUGCCUUUUAUUUAUGUGCACCGCAAAAUAGCCAGCAAAAAAGCAUCUGAAUAUUUAGUCAUGGUAUUAACUUCUGCCAUUGUGCCAUAUUGUAGCAGCUGAACACAGAGGAGAAUUUCUUUCACCCUAAAAAAUUAAUGUGCCAUAGACUUCAAAUAGCAACAAAUACUGUAACAUAUGAUACAUCCUGUGUAAAAAUUCCUUUAAGUAUGGAGGAUCAUGUGCCUCAAGAUACUAUGUAUAAAAAGCUUGUCUGGGGCUUCUUUCUCUUUUUUUUUUUCCUCUUUUUUAAGAAGAGCAGCAUGUCUGAAGGAAAUAAAAUUCCCCUUGAACACCUGGAAACAAUUGAGUUCUGACAUUCAUUUUUAAGGUGUAUGUUGAAUAAUGUAGGGACGGUGUUGUUUGCUUUUCUACAUGUCUUGGGAAGACGUGAUGUGCCAUUACCUGUCAGCUGUAGGAUAUGUCUCAAUUUAUCAUACCAAAAGAAAUGAAGACUUUAUUAAAUGAUUUCUAAUUGCAUUUGAAGAUAUGGCCUUUUAAAUAACUAAUUAGGUAUUUUAAGUGUUAACAUGACUUCUGUUAACAGCAAAGUGUUGUUCUUUUACCUUAGGGGUUAAUUGGAGACCUUGCACUUUGGCUCUAAUUUAAGGAAAUGCUGAGAAGUGGUAAGUCUCCAUGCUGUUCCUCCUGUGGGCUUUUAGUGAAUUGUGUAUAAGAAUUCAAAUUGCAAAAUAAAGCUAUUGUGCUGGCUAAGUUGUAUUUUUGAGACUUCUUGAACCAAAAAUCUUAAUAUUUAAGAAAUCCAGUGGGUUUGGGGAGGUUUUCUUGAAAAAUGUGCUUUUUCAUCAUCAGUCCAGUCUCCAAUUGAGAAUGUGUGUCCAAAAGAUCUUGCAAUUACUGAUGAUGGACACUAAAUUCUGGUUAAGACCAGACUGAAUAGGGUUACUGAGUAUCAGCUUUAGUUGUCAGGUGGUUUAUGAUUCAAGGGAAAAAAAAUCCAGUCUUGUUUGGCAAAAUUUUGCCUUACUGUUGUUAGAAUUACUUAAGACCAGCAAGGUAAGCAAAUGCCUGUUUUGCUGUUCACUUCAAACUGAGAUACUGGGUAUUUCACAUUAGGCUUAUCCCUAAAGGACCCAAUGAAGCUGAAUCCUCAACCUCAUCUGUCUGUUAGGAUUAACUGGGACCCUGUCAUAAAAGGUGGGAAUGUUCCUGUCUAAGUGUUUAUCUGUAUUGGUCCUGCCUUUUCACAGCCAACUCUGAGAAGAGAGAGGCCCUAACAACUAAGAGGACUUAGGGCCCUAAGAGAGGCCCUAACGACUGGUCUGUGUGGUUCUGUACCGGCUAGCUCUGAUCACAACUUCGAUUAUUUUUUUGUUAACUCUAUAUGCUGUGUAAUUUGACAAAUCCUGUAAAUAAAACAAAAAUAAAAAUCCAGAAGUAAUGAAGGACAAAGCUACGGCUGGCAGUUCCAUACCAUUAGUGUGGCUGCGGUCGUGAGGAUGGAUUGUAAAAACAAUGCUUGUCUCCCUUUUUGUAGUGAAGUUAUUGCAUUCCACCUUUUUUUUUUUUUUUCAACAAAGUGAGAAACCACAGAACAUCUGAUAAAAUAUUUCCUCAUACGUGGUGUUUACCCUAGCUGCAAUAAAACCCACUCUUGGCUUUAGACUGUUUUGACAAUAUAUCUUGUGUAGACGAUAUAUCUAGGUCUUGAGACAAAUGCUUCUGUAACUGACAGGGUGAUUGGAUGAUAAUGAUAAAGAAGGGGUUUACUACUUUAUUUAUGUUUUAGGGUAGUGAUUUUUCACUUAUGAAAUCCUUUCUACAAAGCCCAGUCAUCUUUUCAGGAAAAAAAUGCACCCACAGAUAUUUUAGCUCAGUUAUUGGUAAAAGCUAACUAACUUCUAGUUCUACUAUUGUCUAGGCAGCAGAAAUUGAAUCUUGACAAGAUGACCACAGUGAUUUGUGUUAAUUUCAGGAAAUGCCAGGUGCAUCUUUUUGGUAGGUCAUCUUCUGUGUAAGGUAGAGCCAAGAGAGAAGUUGAACUGAAUCGUAAGAAAGAGAUGCAGCUUUGGUAGAUUUGUAAGUGAACUCAUUCAUCUUGAAGCUAAAUCCUCUACAGGCUAGUGAAUAACGAAUGCAGUACUGUAAAAACAUAUCUUGCAACAUCUGGCUGCCUUGAUUUGUACAAAAAAGGGAACUGGCAUAUUCGGGGCCAUUGAAUAACCCAAAGAUUGAAGCUGUGACAGAACUGCAGUGGACAUCAAAAAACAUGAGUUCUGUUUCUAUAUCAUAAUAUUAAAUUUUCCUAAUA